AGCUUAACAAUUCGUAUAUAGUUUAUAUAAAGUUUAAAUUCUUAUAACAAAUGGCAGCGAAACACAAUUUGGAUGUCAUAAGCGAUGGUACCACCAUCAUAGCUGUGGAAUACGCUGGCGGCGUUGUGAUUGCUGCGGACUCGCGCACCAGCUGCCGCUCCUAUGUGUCCAAUCGAUUGGCGGACAAGCUGACGCGUCUAACCGAUCACAUUUAUUGCUGUCGCAGCGGCGCCGCUGCGCAGACACAAACUAUGGCGGACUUAAUCACUCAUCUGCUCAAUGUGCAGCAGAUGAGCAUGGGAAAGCCGCCGCUGGUCUAUGAUGCCGCCAGCCGCUUUCGCGAGCUCAUUUACACGCAUCGCUCGAGCACUGUGGCCAGCAUUAUUGUGGCUGGCUGGGAUGAGCUGCAUGGUGGCCAAGUGUAUAGCAUACCCAUUAGCGGUUUCUUAUGCCGCGAGCCUUGCGCUCUGGGCGGCUCUGGCUCGUCGUAUCUGCAUGGCUUUGUUAGCGCCGAGCAUCGCACGGGCAUGAGCAAGGACGAGUGCAUGCGCUUUGUGCUCAAGGCGGUGCGCCUGGCUAUUAAGCACGAUUGCCAUUCCGGCGGCGUUGUGCGCAUUGGUGUCAUCAACAAGGAUGGCAUGCAGGCUCAUGUCAUAGCCGCCGAUGAGCUGCAGCAUUUCAGUUUUGCCAAUGAACUUUUAUGGAAAUUGGAAUUUGGUGCAGAUGAGUCGUAAAAUUUGUCAAGUGUAAAGUGCAAUUGUGAAUUGCAAUUAAGCUAUUUAUUAUUUAAUAAAUAAUGCUCUG